UUAGGCAUGCUAUUUGGCGAACUGGACACGACGCGGCGAUUGUUAUUUAUUGUUGUUGUUUUGCUAAUUGUUUUAUAUGCAAAAACUUAUUUAUUGCCACCCGGCGUAGCCUUAGACUACAAUUGAAACUUGAUUGGUAAGGAUCGGGAAGGAUAAAGUACAACUACAAAAUGACGAUCGACCGGCGAGUUUCAUAUUUCUACAAUGCCGAUGUUGGAAAUUUUCAUUAUGGAGCUGGGCAUCCGAUGAAGCCGCAGCGUUUGGCUGUAACCCACAGUUUAGUUAUGAACUACGGCUUGGACAAGAAAAUGAAGAUAUAUCGGCCAUACAAAGCUAGUGCCCAGGACAUGCUGCGCUUUCACAGCGAUGAGUACAUAGCAUAUUUGCAGCAGGUUACGCCCCAAAAUAUCCAAUGCAAUUCUGUGGCCUACACCAAAUAUUUGGCCCAUUUCAGUGUGGGCGAGGAUUGCCCAGUGUUUGAUGGCCUUUUUGAUUUUUGUGCUAUGUAUACCGGAGCGUCACUGGAGGGAGCCCAAAAAUUAAAUCAUAAUCACAGUGAUAUAUGCAUCAAUUGGUCUGGUGGUCUUCAUCAUGCCAAGAAAUUCGAAGCUUCUGGCUUUUGCUAUGUCAACGAUAUCGUUAUUGGCAUUCUGGAGCUGUUAAAAUACCAUCCGCGGGUCCUAUACAUUGACAUUGACGUGCAUCAUGGUGAUGGAGUGCAGGAGGCCUUUUAUUUAACGGAUCGUGUUAUGACGGCAUCGUUUCAUAAGUAUGGGAAUUAUUUCUUUCCCGGCACCGGGGAUAUGUACGAACUUGGUGCCGAAUCCGGUCGCUAUUAUAGUGUGAAUGUUCCGCUUAAAGAGGGAAUCGAUGAUCAGAGCUACUUUCAGGUUUUUAAGCCCAUCAUUUCGGCCAUAAUGGAUUUCUAUCGACCAACAGCCAUUGUGUUGCAAUGUGGAGCGGAUUCUUUAGCGGGCGAUCGCCUAGGCUGCUUCUCGCUAAGUACUCGAGGUCAUGGCGAAUGUGUUAAAUUCGUAAAGGAACUCAAUGUUCCCACUCUAGUAGUCGGUGGUGGCGGCUACACAUUGCGGAAUGUGGCCCGCUGUUGGACACAUGAAACCUCACUGUUGGUUGAUCAAGAUAUUGCCAAUGAUUUGCCACCCACAGAAUAUUAUGACUUCUUUGCUCCCGACUUUACUUUGCAUCCAGAGAUAAAUUCCCGGCAGGAUAAUGCCAAUUCAAAGCAAUACCUUGAACUAAUUGUCAAGCAUGUGUUUGAGAAUCUGAAAAUGUGUCAACACUCACCCAGUGUACAAAUGGUACAUACACCACCCGAUGUCGACAUGGAAGAGAUCAGGCAAGUGCAGAAAGAGGAGAAUUCGGAUCCAGAUGUGCGCAUGUCCCAGGCAGAUGAUGAUAAAUUGGUGGAAAGCAAAAAUGAAUUCUAUGAUGGGGAUCAGGAUCAGGAUAAAGCCGAUGUGGGAACACCAGAAACUUAGAUUAAUGAUUAGAUGAUUAGGAAUCCUUGUAUCUUGUACAGUUUAAACACGCUUCAAAGUGUAUAACAAUUACUUCUUUUUUUUCGUCACUAAAAAGAUUUAUAUAUGAUGCACAAAGAAUCCAAUUAAAACUGCAAGGAAUAGUAUACAUAGUAUAUAAGCUUCUGUUUAAAUGUUAUUAUUAAUGUUUUAGUUUAGGCCUAGAAUAAGUGAAAUAAUUAUUUAAAAAUUAAUGAAUUUCCAUACAAAGACAGA